ACACAAGGAAAACUGAUGUACGCAAGACAUUUUAACAGUGUAUGCCAAGGAACCCACAUUCUCUUUCGGGAAUUCAGCUUUAUCCAAGCCACACCUCACAAUAGAGCAUCAUUUCUACGGGCCUUCUGGAGAUGCUUCCGAACUGUAGGCAAAAACGGUGACUUGCUGACCAUGAGGGAGUACCACUGUCUGCUGCAGUUACUGUGCCCGGACUUCCCACUGGAGCUCACGCAGAAAGCAGCCAGGAUCGUGCUCAUGGAUGAUGCCAUGGAUUGCUUGAUGUCUUUUUCAGAUUUCCUCUUUGCCUUCCAGAUCCAGUUUUAUUAUUCAGAGUUUUUGGACAGUGUGGCUGCCAUCUACCAGGACUUGCUGUCAGGGAAGAACCCCAACACAGUGAUUGUGCCAACAUCAUCCAGUGGGCAGCAUCGCCAGCGACCCGUCUUGGGUGAUGCCGGUAUGCUGGACGGAGUGGAGGCAUCACUGUUCUAUCAGCGCCUGGAGAACCUGUGUGACCGGCACAAGUACAGCUGUCCACCCCCAGCGCUUGUCAAAGAGAUCCUGAGCAAUGUCCAGAGGCUCACUUUCUAUGGAUUCCUUGUGGCUCUCUCAAAGCAUCAUGGAAUCAACCAAGCACUGGGAGCUUUGCCAGACAAAGGAGACUUGAUGCAUGACCCAGCCAUGGAUGAGGAGCUGGAGCGGCUGCUGGUCCAGGUCCCAGGCCUGGUCAACUCCAUCACUGCCACUUCUGAGGCCAGCUGCCUGCCUUCCCGAACCCCUCCCCGGGUUGGUUCCCCAUGGAAACCCCUCCAUCGCUCCCGCAAACUGGAUGCAGAGAGCGAUGGCUCCACUGAAGAGACAGACGAGUCUGAGACUUGAACCUGCAGGGUCCCAUCUGUGGCCUGCUCCUUGCUCCCCACCCUGCUCUUGCUGCCCUCACCCGACUUCUCCAGCAUCACUGUGCUGCCCUCUGCUGGAGAGAAGCGUGAAUAACCGCCCUCCAGAUAGUUGAGUAACCCCAGAAACCCCGUAGUUCAUGCUCCCAGCUUUUGACAACCUGCUGUGCCCUAGGCUGAAGGCCACUUCAUCUCUGGCAAGGGUUUUGGCUUGUAGCCUUUUGUUGGCAGUCUGCUUUAAGUAGUGUCUUCUCAGCCACCACGACCCUCCUAGUAAGGGUCAUUUCCCACAAGAGGAACAUGAAUUAGUAAUGCAGGGUCUUCAUGGUCAAGGGUGACUCCUGAGAGCACGUACUGGGAAUAUCAACCGUGGCCUUCUGCUGGAGAAAUCAGCCACUAGCUGGAAUAAGAGGGAGGAUGGCAAGAAUUUCACUUUCAAAGUCGGCUUCAAGUUUGUAUCAAAUAGUCCAAUCUGUGAAAUGAAUAAAGUCCCUUGUCUCUGGUAA